AUGACCACCACCAGCCGCCAGUUCUCCUCCAACUCCAUGAGGGGCUCCUCUGGCCUGGGGGGCGGCUUGUCCCUCACCUCCUGCCAGCAGUCUGGCAGCCUGGGCAAUGCCCUUGGGGGCGGCAGCUACUCUAGCUGCUACAGCUUCGGCUCUGGCGGUGGCUAUAGCAGCGGCGGCUAUGGCAGCGGCUUUGGAGGUGGUGACGGGCUGCUGGGGGGCAGCGAGAAGGCCACCAUGCAGAACCUCAACGACCGCCUGGCCUCCUACCUGGAGAAAGUGCACGCCCUGGAGGAGGCCAACGCUGACCUGGAGUUGAAGAUCCACAACUGGUACCAGAAGCAGGCCCCAGGGCCAACUUUGGACUACAGCUCCUACUUCAAGACCAUCGAGGACCUGAGGAACAAGAUCCUCGUGGCCACCACGGACAAUGCCAACAUCCUGCUGCAGAUCGACAACAGCCGUCUGGCUGCUGAUGACUUCCGCACCAAGUUCGAGACGGAGCAGGCCCUGCGCGUGAGCGUGGAGACCGACAUCAACGGCCUGCGCAGGGUGCUGGACGAGCUGACCCUGGCCAGAGCCGACCUGGAGAUGCAGAUCGAGAACCUGAAGGAGGAGCUGGCCUACCUCCGGAAGAACCAUGAGGAGGAAAUGGCUGCCCUGCGAGGCCAGGUGGGCGGGGAUAUCAACGUGGAGAUGGACGCCGCCCCCGGCGUGGACCUGAGCCGCAUCCUGAGCGAGAUGCGCGAACAGUACGAGAAGAUGGCGGAGAAGAACCGCAAGGACGCCGAGGACUGGUUCUUCAGCAAGACAGAGGAACUGAACCGCGAGGUGGCCUCCAACAGCGAGCUGGUACAGAGCAGCAAGAGCGAGAUCUCAGAGCUCCGGCGCACCAUGCAGAACCUGGAGAUCGAGCUGCAAGCCCAGCUCAGCAUGAAAGCAUCUCUGGAGAGUACCCUGGCGGAGACAGAGAACCGCUACUGCCUGCAGCUGUCCCAGAUCCAGGGGCUGAUCUGCAACGUGGAGGAGCAGCUGGCCCAGCUGCGCUGCCAGAUGGAACAGCAGAGCCAGGAGUACAAGAUCCUGCUGGACGUGAAGACGCGGCUGGAGCAGGAGAUCGCCACCUACCGCCGCCUGCUGGGGGGCGAGGACCUCCAGCUGCCUCAGCAAAAGCCCAGAGAACCUGUGACCACCCGCCAGGUGCGCACCAUUGUGGAAGAAGUCCAGGAUGGCAGGGUCAUCUCCUCCCGCGAGGAGGUCCACCAGACCAACCACUGA